AUGGAAAGCCUGGACUGGGAUGGAGAAAACACGGGGACGGCCUCCCAGCUGCAGCAAAAGGGCCACAAGGCAUAUGGCUUUUCCUACACUGCUACACAGAUGAUAUGCAGCUCUACCUGUCGUUCCAGCCUGCCUCUCAGAGAUAUCGGCCUGGAUGAAGGUGUGUCAACUUUAGCUAAACUGGCCAAGACAGAACUCCUCGUGAUACCAGCCAAACCUUCUGUUGACCACAACCUCACUAUUAAUCUUGGUUCAACUACACUCACACCAACCAGGACCACUCAGAACCUGGGAGUGGUGGUAGAUGACCAGAUUUACUUCACUGCCCAAAUCUCAUCAACUGCCUGUCCUUGCCUCAUUGGUUUUGGCCUUUCUCGUUUUCUCAUGUGUUUACGCCUCUGCUUGCUUUGUGGGCGAGCUGAAACCACGUCACAGAUCAAGAAGAGAUCACAGACUAUAAAGGGUAUUUGGAUUUUGAGUCUGGCUAUCAACUGUGACUGGACGUCUGAGUAUACAUUUCAAGGGAAAUGUUGUAAGACCUGCCCUUUAGGUGAAUAUCCCAAAGAACAUUGUAAAGAGAACAACAGUGACAGUGUGUGUGAGAGAUGCUCAACGAAGUUUAAGGACAAAUGUUUCUGUGAAGGCAAGAUUUUAUGCAAUGACGAUGAAUGCUCUAAGUGUGUGCCCAAAGAAAAGUGCAAACCAGGUCAUCAACUGAUGAGAGAGGGUAAUUUUAAGUACGAAUACCACUGUGAGCCAUGUCCAAACACCAUGUUCAAUGACGCUGAGGACAGCAAGUGUAAACCAUUUGCAAAGUGUGAUGGCUUGCGUGUGAUCUUCCCUGGAAACAGUACCCACAAUGCAAGAUGUGGCCUUGAUGACAAAGGAGAAAUCAGCAGCCCAAAUUUUAAUCCGGUUGUGAUGGCUUCUUUAACAAUCACUGUGUUGAUAUGCCUGGUACUUAUCAUGCAUACUGCUUUUCAAACUUACAAACACAGGAGGCACAGAAAAAUAAGCCAAGCAUGCACACAUAGGAUGGGAUUGCCCUCAGAUACAUGCAGUUGCCAACUAUCCAAGGAGGAAAUUGGUGAUGACAGUGACUCCAAGACAGCCUCAGAAAUCUCUCAAGUGUGAUAUUCUCAGCUUUCCUUGAAAUACAAUAAUGCAACAGAACUUUAUUGUCAAUUGUAGUUUAAAUUUGAAAGCUCUCUGUGAUUUGAAGUCUCUGUGAGUCUCUCCCAUUUUGACUAGAUGACACUGACUGGAUUAACAUCUUUAAAAAAAAAAAAAAAUCUGUUUUGAAUUUAUGUAAAGAUGAACCAUGCAGCUUUACAGGUCAUAGAUGGUCUCUUUACCUGUGGAAGGAGUAAACUACAGUUUAUUCACCUGUGACUCUGUUGAACUGCACAAAGUUCUCAUCACUUCAAUUCCAAUAUGGAUUCAUGUAAGAAGGUAUUAGCAAAGAAGAAAGUUGCAAAAGGUGGUGUGUUAUCUUUUCUGUGAUCAAACAUUUACUCUCUAAAGCUGAGUAAUGCAAGAGGAUGUUUAUCUGUUCUUCGCUAGAGUACAUGUACACUUUGUAAGUGUAAAACCAUUAAAGGACAGACUUUCAGACUUUUACAAGAGUGGGGAACAGCAGAUACUGAAUUAUGUAGUUAUGUCACUUGUGUAAUUAAACAUUAGGCCUAAUUCAGUUUUAAUUUCUUGUAGAAAUAUAAUUCGUCAUGUUUAGUUUGACUUAUUGUAUUUAUAUUUUUCUUAUUUUUUAUUCCCUGGCAUUAUGUAGGAUCGAGAGGGUUUACUAUAUAGUGCACAUUAUUUCCCAAAUUAAAAUAGGCCAAUGUAUGGACUUCUUUUUAAAUGUACAUAUAAACCUCAUUAUCAAAAUAAUUUAGUCAGAAACUGCACUUGCCUUGUUAAAAACUUGUUUAAAACGUCAAGAAAAGGCAAGACUUCCUCCUUUGCUGCAUAUUAUUUUGAUGUUUAUUUUUAAAUUAUGC